AUGCCGAUCCGUCCUCUCGAUGAAUGGGUCGUUGGCCGCACCCAGUCCCUACCCCUAUCGGCAUUGAAGGGCGCCGUUGUUGGCAUCGAUGCGUCGCACUACAUCGGCCAACACCUCGUGAACCAGUCAACCCGGGAAGCGCUUCUAGGCGCAUUAGGCGGAUUCCCAUUCGCCUUGAGGGCCAAUAUUGAGAAGGAAUUGCAGACUUUCAAGAACCUUGGAGUCGCCACUAUCUUCGUCUUCAAUGGGUUGGAAUUCGGCAAGAAAGAACAGCGCGCCCAACCCGCAGCAUCGCGCUCGUUCGAACAAGCUUGGGACCUUUACGACCAGCAACAGGCAGACCAGGUAGUCGAUGCCUUCAGCAGUGCUGGUAUGAUCACCUACUAUCCCUAUUUUACCAUCUCCCCGGUUCUGGACCCGCGUGGCUUUUAUCGUUUCCGUUUGACCCAGCGAAGCUUCCCAGUACACGCUGACACAACCAAAACCCCAGGCACCCCACCCCCGGAGACGCUCUUCAACACCUUACAGCGCCGCAGCCCAGGCGAGUUGAAUGCCCUAUACGCUAUGGUUGGAUUUGUUCGAGUGCUAACCAAUUUCUCCGAACAGCUCUCUUACCUCGCCCGUGGUAGCAACCCUGUCGUCGACGCCGUUUUUGCCCCCUCCGAAGCUCUUUUGUUUGACAUUGACAAGCUGGUUACCCGUAUCGACACCGAGCCCGCGCAAUUCUUCUGGAUUACGAAGCAAACCUGCCAGGAGGAGCUAGGUCGACUUUCCAAUGAACAAUUCCUGGACUUCUGUCUACUACUGGGCUCCCCCUUCCUGCGAUCCCUCCCACUUUUCGAGAACCCUGCUUAUCCCGGCAAAAGCCCCACCAUUCGUGAUGCGUUGCCGAUGUUUAACGCCGCUGGACGCAGUGCAUUGACACUGUGCGCCCAAUUCGAAGAGGAUCGCCGUAUGCAGGAACUUCAAUACGCAGACCUGUAUAAGCGAGCCUAUAUGAUUGUGAAGCAUCAUGUCUAUAUUGAUGUGGACGGUAAAGUCGGUCCCAUGGACCCAGAGAAUACCUCGUCGGAUAUGCACGAGCUUAUUGGGCAGCGUCUGCCAGAGGAGUUGUACUUCUAUCUCUCCAAAGGUAUUAUUGGAGCUGAUGUACCCAACUUCCUCACAACUGGCGAAGUUCGCAUCUCGCUACCGCUGGGUACCGAAGACACCGAGAUAUACCGCCAGCUCGUGGGUGAAAUUUUGACACCCGUCCGCACUCAGUCUAUUUGCCUUCUAGCAAACUCACUUCAUCGAUUCUACCAAACUAAAGUCAUUCGGAUCCGCCCGUGGUUCGAUGAGAACUCAGACCGGACGAUCAAUCUCAAGGGCAUUCCAUCAGUCAAGGAUACCAUCCACCCCUGGAAGAUUCACGGAGAACAUUUCUCCGAAAGUAUCAAGAAGCUCCAGGCGCCUCGAGGAUCCUUUAAGUUUGCUGUCCAGUGCUUAGGCGACUCUGAGUUUGUGUCCAAGUCAUUUGCUAAUAAAGAAACACCUGUCCUUUCAUCGCAGGAGGAUAUCUUAUCUAAUGUUAUGUGGCGCUUCCUGCAACUGCGUGGAUAUGUUGACGACAAGCACAAGCUCACUUCAUGGGGCCAGUGUCUAGUGCAGGCAUUAUCAGCUAUCGAUGCUUCGGAUAAUCUCGAGGAAUCUAUAUUCAUUGCUAUUGAGAUGAUCCGCUUGGGUCUCCUCAACACCAAGCACUGGUUUUCACAUGUAUCCGGCGGUCCCAUGAGAGGGUCAGAAGAAGACAAGACCUUCAAUAUGCUGGUUUCGCGUGUUGCAUGCGUUGCCAAGCUUCAGCACAAGAGCAUUGGAUAUUCUGGACCUCUGAGCCGUCAACUUCUUUGUUACCGCUCUUUGAUUUCUGAAGUGCGCUCUGCACUGAGGAAUCUGAUCGAGGUGGUAUUGACUGGUCUGCUGCUCAGUGGUGACGCUGAUCGGGACCGCAACGACUGGACUGAGAUGGCUAUCAAGCUUCCGUUUAUUGAUGAUAACGACUGUGGACUUGGAAUUGCGGUUCGGACUUAUCUCGACGACCUUCCCCUACAGGCCAAUCCGACAUCGCCCGAGGCUCGAGCGGAUGUGAAGGCGAAGGGCAAGGAAUGGUUCCAACACAGUGAAAGCUUUAUUGGAAACUUGGAUUUGGCAUUCAAGCUGUGGGAUGCGGUUUACGCAGGUACACAGAGUACGGGCAAGGAGUUCAAGGAAGCAAAGUUCUGGGAAAGCGCAAACAAAUGGCUGGCAGAGAGACGAUGA